UUCGCAGGUCGUACUCGUCGCCUGCUGCUGCCCGCCUCCGCUCCGCCCGUCUCCCACAGCCACGCCGCCGUCCUCGAGCCGCGCUCGGCGCUCCCCGUCGCCUGAUGAGCUGCCUCCGCCGCGCUCCCCGCCUCAUCCGGGGCCUCUCUUCCUCCUCGGCGGCGGAGGCGGAGGGGAAGACGCUCCCGCCGCCGCGCCCCUCUGCUGGCCGCCGCGUGGUCGUGACGGGGCUGGGCGCCGUCACGCCGCUGGCGCGCGGCGUGGGCGCCACCUGGGACCGCCUCGUCGCGGGGAGAUGCGCCGUCCGCUCGCUCGCCGCAGAGGACCUCCGACUUCCGGAGGAAGCAGCGGGGAGGACGCUCGAGCAGCUCCCGUCCAGGGUGGUCGCCGCCGUGCCGCGCGGGAAGGGCGAGGACGAGUUCGACGAGGACGCGUGGACCAAGGAUAAAUCUAUAUCAGGAUUUAUAUCCUAUGCUCUGUGUGCAGCUGAUGAGGCUUUAAGAGAUGCAAAUUGGUUGCCUUCCGAAGAUGAGAAGAAGGAAAGAACGGGAGUCUCUAUUGGUGGAGGGAUCGGAAGCAUCUCAGAUAUUUUAGAUGCGUCGCAAAUGAUCAUCGAAAAUCGUUUACGUCGCCUCAGCCCAUACUUCAUCCCCAAGAUUUUGAUCAACAUGGCAUCAGGUCAUAUCAGCAUGAGAUAUGGUUUCCAGGGUCCAAACCAUGCUGCUGUGACAGCUUGUGCCACUGGUGCUCACUCUAUUGGCGAUGCUACUAGGAUGAUCCAAUUUGGAGAUGCUGAUGUGAUGGUGGCUGGUGGAACUGAGUCCAGUAUUGAUGCUUUGUCUAUAGCUGGAUUUUCUAGGCUAAGGGCAUUGUCUACAAAAUAUAAUUCGUCUCCACUUUCAGCUUCAAGACCUUUUGAUUGCGGUAGAGAUGGAUUUGUGAUUGGUGAGGGCUGUGGGGUCAUGGUUUUGGAGGCACUUGAUCAUGCAAAGGAACGGGGUGCAAAAAUUUAUGCUGAAGUUCGAGGCUACGGAAUGUCUGGUGAUGCACAUCACAUAACUCAGCCACAAAAUGGUGGUAGAGGUGCUAUCUUAGCCAUAAAGCGGGCUUUGGAUCAGUCAGGUCUUCAUGCAAAUGAAAUUGAUUAUGUGAAUGCGCAUGCCACGUCAACUCCUCUUGGUGAUGCUGUGGAGGCGAGCGCGAUCAAAUCUGUCUUUGGCGACCACGCAGCAUCUGGUGGUCUCGCAUUAUCCUCAACAAAGGGAGCAAUUGGUCAUCUGCUAGGGGCUGCCGGAUCGGUGGAAGCAAUCUUCACUGUGCUAGCAAUUCACCACGGAGUUGCGCCGCCCACGCUUAACCUAGAGCAGCCAGACCCGCUGUUCGAGGGGGCGUUCACGCCACUAUCUGCGCCCAAGAAGGCGCUGAUACGAGCAGCCAUCUCCAACUCUUUCGGGUUUGGUGGAACUAACACGUCGCUGCUGUUCUCCUGCCCGCCCUAGUUUUAACGGCACUCUACCAUCUGCUCGGCUCCUCGCUGGAAGUGAAGAGGCGUACCGGAAUAUUCAGAUAUGUUCCGGAGUAAACAUCGGAAGGCACCACCCGCGUUUGGCUGAAGUUGAGGAGGCUUCAGGGCUCUGAUGCCCAACAUUCUGUUUCCUUCGCUUGCUCAUGCGUUUGCUUCGGCUGCCGUGCAAACCGUUUACUGCUACAAACCUGAGGAAACCAAAAUCGGUUAAACGGUUCUUCGCAAGUUUUUGUUUCAGCAAGUGUCAAUUAAACUGAACAUAAACUUGCUCUGCUUUGGAGAAAGCUGUUCAAGGUAUAGCUAUAUUUGGGUACUUGGGUUCGUGUUCGUGUAUGCAUGGCCCCAUGGGUCUUCUAGAGUGCCGUAUUCAGCUUGAGCUAAGAACAAAUUUACCAGCCCACCAAGGCACAAACUCA